AACAAGAAGUGUAUAUUUUAGAAAUAAAUUAGUAAUUUGCUCUAACAAGCUACAGAAUGCCACCAUUACCCGUUAGUGCAGUAGCGCUUCCGGGAACUUUUAUAUCAGCUAUAUUAGAGAGAAAUCGAGAAAAUGACUUUACUGAUUCUGCUAAAGACAAACAGAAUACGUUGUUAGCGACCUCUUCCGCUGACAAAGAAACAGCUUUUUCUUGUAUUCAACAGAUUGAUUUGAAGAUUCAAAGUGUAAAGACGGAAAUUUUACAAAUAAUUCUUGAUCGUCAAGAUGCUUUUAUUAAGUUAUAUAAUAAUUCCAUUUCAUUGCGAGAUAAGAUUGAUACAUUGUUUAUGGAACUAGAUAUUGUUUCUCGAGGAGUAAAUCAUUCUGAGACUGGGAUGAAACCAAAACUUGUUAGUGCAUUACAAGAGAAUAGGAUGGUGAUGCAGGAAGUUAAGGAUACCAAAUCAGUGGUGGACGCUUUAGAAUAUUUAAAUGAGAUACAAAAUUGUGUAAAAAGAUUUCAAGAAUACUUAGCACAAGGUCGUAUUGAGGAAGCUUCUGGUACUAUCACAUAUAUGGAUAGUUUGUUAGAAUCACCUCCUAUAACAACUGAGCGCAAAAUUCAAAUUUUUGAUAAGCUGAAGUCCCAAUUAUCCAUUAUGAAAGAGUCAUUGGAUCAAACCCUUGAUAAUUUAUUAACGCAAUCAAUUUCUUUCAAGAAAGUUGAUGAUGAGGAGGGAUUUAGUCUUACCGUAUUGUCUUCUAUAGAAGGAGCAAACGCCACAGCGCUCUUAACAUCAGUGUUUAUUUCCCUUAAUGAGAUCGAUUCAAUUAAUAUGCAAUUAUCGAGAUUAAAAAAGAAUGUAAUGAAGUAUUUAAUUGUACCUUUAUUGAAACAUCGCGAAUCAUGGGAUGCUUCCAUAGAGGUUGAUGAUAAUAUCAAGGCUCGUUUGGUUAUUGGGCCAAAUUCGAAUGUUAAGAAUAUAAACAAAGAUAGAGUUUUUACGCCACUCAUUACCAUAUUUAAGUUCAUUUAUACAUUUAUAUUUGGCGGUCUUGAUCCUUCUUCCAAAGAAUUUAUAAUAUUACCGCUUGCCACUCAAUAUGCUUCCACCUUUGGCAAAUUUAUUUCGCAUGAUUUACGUGAUGUCGUUAUUAGUGAAUACCUUUCACAUGUAAUUCCUACGGAAACGUUUGAAUUCAAAAGAUUUGAUGAAAUCGCACAUGAUGUAAGAGAUUUCCAGGCCGAAAUGCGCAAAAUGGGAUUUAUGCGUCAGUCUCGAGAUGCAGAGGAAGAAGAAGAACGAACUUUGGGAGCAUAUGUGGCAAAAGUUGAUGUUCAUUUCACGAUUAAAAAACGUGAUAAGUUAUUAGAGCUUGGACGAAAUAUUAUGUUAGAUGGAAAUUUCGAGAGCGAGAUUAUCGAGGAACAAGAACCGGAACUAGAUUAUAAUGAACAAGAUUCUCUUAAUGAUGAACAGGGAGUUAAGUCUAAUAACAUUAGUGAAAUUAAUAAACAAAAAGAAGUGGCGGAGAAGGAUAUAUUUGCCAUUCAAAAUGACAAUGAUAUCCCUAAUGAUGGCUGGGAAGUUGAUUGGAAUGAGGGAUGGGAUGAAGGUAGUUGGGAUGAAUCAGAUGAUCCACAAAAUAAAAGUGAAAGUUUAAUUAAUAAAAAUAUAAAGAGUGAACAGAUUACAACGAAAAAGAAAUUAGUUCGAUAUUCCAUCUCGAAUAAAGUAAAGCCUCUGAUAAAUUUGGUCAUAAAAACUUUAAACGAAGCGUGUAAUUUAAACUCUAAAAGCGGAGUGCGUCUUUAUCAAGCAACUCUUGAUUUUUUUGAUUUAUAUCGUGCCAUUAUGCCAGUUUUUCAUUAUAACACAUUUAGUAAUGUGCCUGCCUUAGCUAUGUUAUUUAGGAAUGAUUGUAUAUGGCUUGCAAACCAGCUUCUAGUUGUGCAAAGUCAAUUCAUAAAUAGUUUAUCAUUUGAUUCUGAACAAGCUGAUGAUAUUAAAGGUAAAAUUUCAUAUAACGAGACCAUUGAAGAAUUACGCGAAUUAGGUAAAGAAUGGUAUGAUAAUCAAAUUGAUAAACAAAAAGGCGUUCUUAAAGAAAUUCUGGAUGAAAUGAAUGGGGUACAACAGAUUGCAGACGAUGAUAGAUUUGAAGCAUGUCAAAGUGCAAUGAAUCAAAUUUUGUAUACAAUGAAUCAUUUAUCUAAAAUUUGGAAGGAUGUUUUAUGUCCAACGGAAUAUUAUACGGUAUUAGGCGAAUUGAUAGAUUCUGUAUUAGCAUGUAUGACAGAUUACGUUGAGGACUUAUAUGAUAUAUCUGAAGUAGAGUCAGAACAAUUAAAUUUAAUUUGUAAAAUGUUAUUUCAGCUAGAAAAUUUAUUUAAUGAAAAAGGGGUAAAUUCGAUAGAAAAAUACACAAAAAAUUGGACGAAAUUUCUUCAAUUGACAGAUAUACUUGAAUUAUCACAAGCAAAAAUUAUGAGCAGAUUUCGUAAUGGCGAGCUUGUAUGUUUUACAACUGGUGAAUUGGAAGGACUUAUUUGUGCUUUAUUUGCAGACACACAAAUUAGAGAAAACACUUUGUCAGAAAUUAGAGAGGGACAUCCACAUUAUGCGGAAAAACUUAAUAUAUUAUAACCGCUAUUAUUAUAUAAAUAAGUCAUUGGUUUUUUUGUUGUAAUAGAUUAAUGAUGCUUCCAUAAAUCUAAGAGUUUAAUAAGAAAAUUUAAUAAGAAUCUUAUACAUUUUAAAAAAAUUUAAACUUAUUUACUCAUUUAAUUCGCCCUCAUUUAAUACUGCGUCGACUUUAUUAGUUUCAAGUCCAGUUCUGCCAUCUUUAAUAAGCUAAUUAAAAAAAAUAGUAUUUUACAAAGACAUUUUUUUUUUUUUUUU